AUGUGUGUAUGUGACCAGCUGCACAUGAAAUUCUCCUGUAAAUUCUUUGGAGACUUCAUUCUGGACAGCAACCCUACAACAUUUGAAGAAGCAAUGAAGACCAUUGCAGAACUGCCAAGGAUCCUGAAGGAAAAGGGUGAAAAUGCUGUUCCUAUAAAAGUUUGGCUGACGCCACUGAAGACAUUAGGGUAUGGAGGUGCAGAGCUGGUAAAAGACAUCAGCGUUGACUCACUAAGGAGGAUUGAAGAUACUCUGGAAGCUCUAAAGGAGAUGAAAGAGAGAUGCAAUGACUCUCUGGAUGAGGUGGUGGUGAAGCAUUUCCCACAAAUCAAACAUUACCUACAAAACUUUCAGAAGUUGUGUAGUGAUAAAAUAUCUGACUUCCAACGAACUCUGAAAAGAGUGCUUCCCUCCAUUCGUGAAGGUAGAGCGGAUGAGAGCUCACUGAACAACGUUUUUGAUGACUUAGACAAGUCACCAUACAAUCUGGGAAAUCUUAGCAAGUGCCUUGACUAUAUAGAGAGAGAAAUCAACAUCAUCACGUCAUUUUUAGGGAGGAUGGAGGGAAUAAAGAUUGUUCAAAAUAAGUCAGAAUUAGAUAGAGCAGUACUUGCCACAGGUGUAAAUCAUGCAUUUUGCUUUGUUUUCACCGGUUUGAAAAAUGCUGACCUCAACCUUGAUGCAAUGGCCAAUGAAGACCCAUGGUAUUAUUUAGACGAUACCUUGGAUCAUAUGAAAAAAGUAACAGAUUUUUUCAUGGAUCUUUACAGAGCAUACAAGAACAGCACCCAGCUCUGUUUCCUUGUAGCAGCUAUACAACACCAGAAUUACAAAGGAGCCACCAUUUAUCAGUACAAGGAGGGCAGAAUGAUUACUGAUAAUUUUUCAAAGCCCAAGAUACGGGAUCCCAGAACUAUAAAAAAGCGAAGUCAUUUUCUUUGGAAUUACUGUCAUCUCACUCUGGACCCAGACACUGCAAAUAACUACCUCACUCUAUCUGAAGACAACAAGAAGGCAACAUGUGGGACGUGGCAAACCUAUCCAGAUCACCCACAGAGAUUUGAUGGACAUACACAAGUUCUGUGCAAACAGCCGCUGACUGGUCGCCACUAUUGGGAAGUAGAGUGGAGUGCUGGUUAUAUGCCGAGUGAUGUUCGCAUAGCUGUUGCAUACAAAGAAAUUGGAAGGAAGGGAAGAAUGAAUGAUUUAGAGCUUGGAUGUAACAAGAUAUCCUGGUAUUUUGGUGUGGAUAAAAGUGAAUCCUUUGUUCCUUUGAGAGACGCACUUUACAAAAUUGUGUCUAAAAUAAAACCCUUCAUGCCUUUUGUAGACAUGUUUUAUAAAAGGCUUGUAGCAUACCAUGAUAAUAAGGUGAGGAUGGUUUUUUCUCUCACUAGAUUGGGCAGAGUUGGUGUGUAUCUGGAUUGGCCUGCAGGCACUUUGUCCUUCUACGAUGCUUCCUCUAAUAGUGACAAACUUGUUCAUCUGUACACCUUUGAAACCAAAUUCUCAGAGUCUGUUUACCCAGGGUUUUACAUCUAUUACCCAUCCAAUUAUGUUUUCCUGU